UGACUGAGCAUCACAAUGAGCAUCACAAGGGCUCCCCCGCCGCCCAGCGGUCAGCCAAUCGGAGAGGAGGAGCCAGGCCAGGAGGGGGUUGGGCGCAUUCCUCUGGGCGUCCUGAGCGCUAUAUACCGCUGUGAUGUCACCAAACGGAUCAGUUGUGUUGCUGGGGAAUCUAUUGCGAGGCUGUGUGAGUUGUACGCUGUCGCCUCUGACCGUGAGUCGUACGGACCGAUUGGAUUUAUGAACGACAGUAUGAGGCUGAAUAUGCGCGCCACCUUCGUGCUGCUGUGCUGCCUGCCCGCCCUGAUUCCUUUCUGUGCAGCUGAUAAGGAUGACGAGCAUGAUGACUGUAAAAAACCUGUCUGCUCCCAAGGGACAAGCUGGGUGAAUCUCUGGUAUGUCUGGCUGAUCCUGGUGACCGUUUGUUUGCUUCUACUCUGUGGGACCACAGCAAGUUGCAUCAAGUUUUGCUGCAGAAAAAAGAAGCCGCCCGUGCAAACGUUUCAAAACCAUCCCUGCGAAGUGACGGUCAUUGCCUUAGAUAAUGACAGCACCAUUCACAGUACUGUUACCUCCUACAGCUCUGUGCAGUAUCCUUAUAUGUUCCCGUUUGCUGACCCUGAUCGAAGUGCAAUGUCCCCUCCCGCCUACAGCCUGUAUGCCAUGGAACUACCUCCAGCUUAUGAAGAAGCCAUAAAACUGGCCAAGACCAGCAGUGAAGUUGGCCCCUCUGCUUCAGCCCCAAAACUUGAAGGAAUCUCUGAACAAGAGGGGCCAGAAGAUGAGACGGAUCAACAGGCUGGGCAGCAAACCAUCUCCAGUGUCACUGAAUCACCACCCCACUAUGAGGAGUCCGACGCUAGCCAGGGACAGAGCUAGUCAUAGCUAACUAUAGAUAAGGAACUUGUUCUUCCCAGAGCUUGGCUUGUAUGACAGGGAUCAUGUUCUGCUGCAGUUGCCAACAGGGACGUUCAGUCUGUUUAUAGUCGUUUCACCUACAUACAAGGCAUUGAUUUUCUAAAUGACACGUCCUUCUGCUCUGUUUCAAGGAUAAGAGGAGGAAUUAAUACCAGAAUCCUGGUCAAAGCUUAAUUGGUCAUCGGCAAUGGUUGUAGAUCCAACUACUUGAGCUUAAGGCAGAGGAAUGCUGGGGCAGACCAUUUUCGACAAGUCUUGGUGGCUCCCAGUGUUUUCAGAAAACCAAACUUGAGGUUUGCUGUGGAAUUCUUGGUUUGCAAACUAAGAUUAAUGCUCCCAACAUACAAUGUAUUCUUGCAGAAUAAUAAAGCCUAGCAGCCUCUUGUGACUCUUAUAGGAUUCUGGGAGCUAAAGUCUAGUAGUAGCCAGAGUGUCACAGCUCUGUGUUUUGCUACUAUAUUGUACAGUAGGGCCAGUAAUCUUCUAAAUGGAUAUGGUUGUGGAAUUAAUCAGAGGGGUAUAUGUACAAGCAGAUGUAUUCUGCAGUUGCUUUGGGCUUUGUGAGAGAUGGUCGGAGCACUGAAGGUUUGGCACCAUGUUUGAUUGACAUUCUAACUUUAUAUAGCUUAAUAUUUCCUGCCUAUGAGUGUCCUCCUUCUUGCAGAAGGAUUAUAUUAUUUCUAGCAAAUUGCUGGUGUAAAAAAAAAAAAUUGUUGCUACGCAACAAAAUAUUUUCAUUUCUGAUGUAUGUUACUCGAUGCUUUGUAUAUAUUUUUUGAAAUCUCAAUGAGUCUAUUGAAAGCUAAAAGCAUAAUUGCUCACCCCUGCUGCCACUUGGAGGAGGUGUAAGAUUAAGUGUUGAAUUAUAUCCUUUUUCCUGCUUACGGUAUGUGUCUUGUGCGUGCUGUAAUAUAUAUUUUUUAAUUACAUUGGUUCAACAAACCGAAUAAAAAUCAUAAUUGCUCGA